UGCACCACCACUGCCUUAAUUACUGCUGGAGUAAACUACCCAAGGUACUCUCUCAAAUCUAACUGAUACAUUCAUGAGACAACCACCAUCUUUAUUACCUGCACAAGAGGACAGAUUAAAGGUCCCUCCUCUCUGAUGCCAAGUCUUGAAAACCAGCCCAAAAUACACUUCUCAUUUGCAUCCUCAUCUUCUUCAUCUUCAGUUCUCUCUUCCUUUCCCACCCAAAAAAUGACUGGAAUUCCAGUCAAGUGGAUGCUUCUCUUUCUAACAAGCUAUCUGUUUCUCAACCUCGUCAACUCUGCAAACACCGCAUUCACAAAAAAAACUUACAUUGUCCAAAUGGAUAAAUCAGCUAUGCCAGAGACGUUCUCUGACCAUGUUGAAUGGUACGCAUCGACGAUCAAAUCAGUAGUCUCUAAACCAGAAAAGGAAGAAGUUGCCGAACAUGAAGAAAGGAUAAUUUAUAAUUACCAGACUGUCUUCCAUGGUGUUGCAGCUCGACUAAGCCAAGAAGAAUCGGAGACGCUCGAGCAACAACAUGGUGUGAUGGCCAUAUUUCCAGAGACUUCAUACAAACUGCACACCACGAGAAGUCCAAUUUUUCUUGGGCUUGAUCAUGAUGACAGCACAACCGUUUGGUCCGAUAAACUAUCCAACCACAAUGUCGUAGUGGGUGUGCUCGAUACAGGGAUUUGGCCAGAGAGCCAAAGCUUCAACGACACCGGCAUGGCACCAGUUCCAACUCACUGGAAAGGCGCGUGUGAGUCGGGCCGAGCAUUCGCUACACACCACUGCAACAAAAAAAUUGUUGGUGCCAGAGUGUUCUACCACGGGUAUGAGGCUGCUACGGGUAGAAUGAAUGAGCAAGAUGAGUACAAAUCACCUCGGGACCAAGACGGCCACGGCACUCAUACUGCAGCAACCGUAGCCGGCGCUCCGGUUCGCAAUGCGAACCUUUUGGGCUAUGCUUAUGGCACUGCCCGAGGGAUGGCCCCUGGUGCAAGAAUUGCAGCUUAUAAGGUUUGCUGGGUUGGUGGGUGUUUUAGCUCAGACAUACUCUCUGCCGUUGAUCAAGCUGUCGCCGAUGGUGUCAAUGUCUUGUCCAUCUCUUUGGGUGGUGGAGUUUCAUCUUACUAUCGUGACAGUUUGGCCAUAGCGGCUUUUGGAGCAAUGGAGAAGGGAGUGUUUGUUUCCUGCUCGGCUGGAAAUGGUGGCCCUGAUCCAAUCAGCCUUACAAAUGUAUCGCCAUGGAUUACCACGGUUGGAGCCAGCACAAUGGAUAGAGAUUUUCCAGCUACGGUUAAGCUGGGGACUGGCAAAACCAUGGCUGGAGUUUCACUCUACAAAGGCCGAAUGAACUUGUCGAAGAAAAAGCAAUAUCCACUGGUUUAUACAGGGAGUAAUUCCAGCAGCAUUGAUCCAAAUUCAUUGUGCUUGGAGGGAACCUUGGAUCCACACGUUGUUGCUGGCAAGAUUGUGAUCUGCGACCGUGGCAUUAGUCCUCGAGUUCAAAAGGGUCAGGUGGUGAAAGAUGCGGGUGGAGUAGGCAUGAUUUUGUCAAACACUGACGCCAAUGGAGAGGAGCUGGUUGCGGAUUGCCACCUUCUUCCGGCAGUCGCUGUCGGAGAAACAGAAGGCAAAGCAAUCAAGCAUUAUGCCAUGACAAAUGCAAAAGCAACAGCAACUCUUGCAUUUUCUGGAACUAGGUUGGGAAUUCGACCGUCUCCGGUGGUGGCAGCAUUUUCAUCCAGAGGACCUAAUCUCCUCACGUUGGAGAUUUUGAAGCCAGAUCUGGUGGCACCAGGAGUGAACAUUCUUGCAGCUUGGACUGGUGAUUUGGGUCCAUCGAGUUUGCAAACGGAUCACCGGAGAGUGAAUUUCAAUAUAUUGUCCGGGACUUCGAUGUCCUGCCCACAUGUGAGUGGAAUUGCUGCAUUGCUAAAGAGCAGGCACCCAGAAUGGAGUCCGGCAGCAAUAAAAUCCGCAUUGAUGACAACAGCUUACGUUCACGACAACAGCUAUAAGCCACUGAAAGAUGCCUCAACAGGUACACCUUCGACCCCAUAUGACCACGGUGCAGGGCACAUAAGCCCAUUGAAAGCACUCGACCCGGGUUUGAUUUACGACAUCCAGGCACAAGAUUACUUCGAAUUCCUGUGCACCCAAAACUUAACUCCAGCACAGCUGGAAGUUUUUGGUAAGUUCUCCAACAGGUCUUGCCGACACUCUCUAGCCAAUCCAGGGGACUUGAACUACCCAGCCAUCUCAACCGUGUUCCCAGAAGACACAAACACCACAGUCAUCACCCUUCACAGAACUGUCACCAAUGUCGGGUCCCCCAUUUCAAAUUACCAUGUCGUAGUCUCGCCAUUCAAAGGUGCUUUCGUGACGGUUGAGCCCGCAAAACUUCAUUUCACCAGAAAGCAGCAGAAACUGUCUUACAAGGUUACAUUCAUGACAAAAUCUCGGCAAACAGCGCCUGAGUCUGGAUCUUUGAUAUGGAAAGAUGGAGUGCACAGGGUAAGAAGCCCAAUUGUAAUCACAUGGUUGCCUCCAAUAUAAAAUAGUGUUACUAGGUGUUCAACAUGUAUCUGUAUGGUGCCAUAAUAAACAUAUCUUUUGUGAAGAGCCCCAAUAGCUCAAUCAUUUUUCUCAAUUGUAAUGCUUUUCUUCCUUAGCUUCUUGUAAUGUUGUUCAGAUGAUACUAAUAUUAUUACAACUGCUCCAACUAAAGCUGUACCUCAA